AGCGCAGCCUUUGCUAUGGCUGGCCUGAAUGUCUCCAUUGCUUUUUUUUUCCUGGUUGUUGGGGUGUGCCAGGUGCUCAGGCAGCUUUCCAAGAGGCUUCUGUCUCCUGGAGCGUACGACUGCCUUGCCAGAGAACUUGCUGGCUCGUUACAGUUGUGCACAAGCUGCCUUGAGCUGAGGAUGCUGGUGGAGAUAGGCCCGUGGGGUGGUGGCUUUGGCCCAGACGUGGUCCUGACUCUGCUCUUCCUCCUCUUCACUGUUCACGGCACCUCUUUUGACGGAGCAUCUGCCAACCCGACCGUCUCUCUCCAGGAGUUCCUGCUCCUUGAGUCCAACCUCGCCACGACUGCUACCAAGCUGCUGGCCCAGGGUGUGGGCAUGGGGACAGGCUGGGCUGUCACCAAGCUCUACUGGUCCUGGGAGCUGACGCAUUUCCACCUCAUCCAGAACCUGAUCGCGUCGGAGUGCAGCUCCUCCAUCCACACGUCGCUGCACCACGCUGCUUUUGUGGAAGGCACCUGCUCUUUCCUUUUCCACCUUGUCCUUCUCAAGUUGUGUCAGAGUCGCCCGAUGUACCGGGUCCCUGCCCUGGCCACGACUGUCACCUUCCUGACCUACACAGCUGGACCGUUCACAGGGGCCUUCUUCAACCCUGCCCUGGCCAUGGUCACCACCUUCCACUGCUCGGGGAACAGCUUUUGGGACUACGUCCAGGUUUACUGGCUGGGGCCCCUCGGAGGGAUGCUGGCUGCCCUCCUGCUGUACCAAGGCAACAUCCCACGACUCUUCCAGAGAAACCUCCUUUACAGCCAGAAGAGCAAAUACAAGAUACCCAAGGCAAGGGUGACAGCACACGUGGAGGGUGAUGAACCGCAGCGGAAGAAGAAAGGGGAGAAGAGCAACUCCAAGCCUCGUGCCUGA